CAAAAGUACUCAUUACGUGUCCAUGAACGAAACCACAAUUCUACGGAGAUAUCACUUGACCUCAUGCUCCCUACCAAGAGUUCUCACUUCAAUGUUGAUUCCGAUAUCAUGGCAUCAAAAGCUAGAUUAAUUGUUAUGGGUAUCUCUGUUGCCUUAGCAUAUGUUUCUUGGGGACUUUUACUAUCACUCCAACCCGCUUUUUAUCCAACAGAAGCAGAGUCUAAGGGUGCCACUCCAGCCCAAUAUGGAUUGGUGUUCGGGAUCGUCAGCUUAGGCGGCUUUAUAUUCUCGCCCAUAUUUGCACAUUAUGGAAGUAAAAUUGGGCCAAAGAUCCUCUACAAUUUGGGCGGAAUUGGCCAAGGAAUGGCAGCGGUGGCUUUUGGAAGCUUGGAGUUUGUGAAUGACACAUGGACAUUCAUUGGGCUUUCUUACUUGCUAAGGUUCAUUGAUGGUGUGGCCAAUGCAGCCGGUACAGCCUCAAUAGUGAGCAUUCUUAUGACUCUCUUUCCCGGAUUUGAGUCUUCCAUUCCAGCUUGGACCGAGAUGUGUUUUGGUUUGGGCUACACGAUAGGACCAGUUUUGGGUUCAGUUUUGUUCGAGGUUGGAGGUUUUGGCCUUCCUUUCUUUAUUAUGGGAGGGAUUGUCCUUUUCUUGGCCUUGGUGCUAUUUGUGAUGGUUCCAAAUGUAAAACCUGGCUCGUCCUCCUUGAGCAAAAAUCUGGCCAAUGAUUCGAAAUCCCCUCUCACCAUCAGAAACGUCAUCAAAUCUUUUAGUAUUUCCCUCCCGUUUUUGGACAAAUUCAUCCUUUUUUGUGGAAAUGGAAUGUUUGAAUCAAUGCUCCAACCGCAUAUGAUAAAUUCUCAGGCUCAAGCAACUCAGUUCGAGGUCAGCAUGGCUUUCUUGAUCAUGGCUGGGUGUUACAUGAUCACCUCUCCACUUGCUGGUUACGUUUGUGAUAGAAUAAGGCGGCCGGUUUUGCUUUCCAUUGUUGGCAAUUUCCUUCUGUUCAUUGCCUUCAUCUUCAUUGGACCCGCCCCAUUCUUGACGGGAUUACCGACCUCGGUUCCAUUGAUCUUCGGAAUGAUGCCCUUCUUUGGGCUAGGUUAUGGAUUGGUAUCGGUGUCUUCGUUUUCCAGAGCUUACAAGGAAUGCAUCCGACAAGGGUAUCGAGAUGACGUCAAUACCUAUUUGAUUCUAACAGGUCUUUGGGGAACAGCCUUUCAUUUGGGUAACUUCAUUGGUCCUACAAUGGCUGGGAUCAUUGUAAACGCCAUCGGAUUCCCGUAAACCAGUCAAAUCUCAAUCUUUGUAUUCCUUCUCAUGGCGUUCCUGGAUUGCAUUCAAUACUGUUAUCAAGUCAAGAGAACUAAUUUACAAUACAAGUAUGAGAAUAUAUCGUAACAAGUGACAUGAAACCCUUGGUAUUGUGCGGU